UUAGCAGGAAGAUGAGCCUCAAGUCUGAACGCCGAGGAAUACAUGUGGAUCAGUCAGAGCUCCUCUGCAAGAAAGGAUGUGGCUACUACGGCAACCCUGCCUGGCAGGGCUUCUGCUCCAAGUGUUGGAGGGAGGAGUACCACAAAGCCAGGCAGAAGCAGAUUCAGGAGGACUGGGAACUGGCAGAACGACUUCAGCGGGAAGAGGAAGAGGCCUUUGCCAGCAGUCAGAGCAGCCAAGGAGCCCAGUCUCUCACAUUUUCCAAAUUUGAAGAAAAGAAAACCAAUGAAAAGACCCGCAAGGUUACAACAGUGAAGAAAUUCUUCAGUGCUUCUUCCAGGGUUGGAUCCAAGAAAG